GAGCUGUGAACAGACGCGCUCCAUUCCUCCUCACUUUCAGCCAUUUGAAUGUGAACUGGACGGAACCGAAGCACGAAGGAGUAAACAAGAUUCGGUAAAAAUGUGAAGGGCAAGGUCUGCUGAACAUUGCUGUUUCCAAAGGGAGAAAAAAAAUGGACUCUGCUGAGAAGAAGAAGGAGUUGUGUCUCUGCGGUCUCCUUUGGUGGUCGCUCCUGCUUCAGCUUGCGUCUGGAGCCUCCUUCUACGGGGAUGGCUACAUACAGCUCAAAGCAACAGAGUCGUCCGACCGUAAUGUGCUCCGUGUUCGCUUCCGGACCUCCAGCACCAAUGGCUUGAUGUUUCUCGCUGCUGGCCAGGCCAGCUACUUCCUGCUAGAGCUGCACGCUGGUCGCCUCCAGGUGAAACUGGAUCUUGGAUCAGGGGAGCAGAUCUUGGAGUCAGAGAGAGGUAUUCAGCUUAAUGAUUUUGCCUGGCACUCAGUGGAGGUCCACCAUGUGCAGUUAAACGUCACUCUGACUGUCGACAAAAACUCUCAUACAAGUAUCAAGAUGCCUGGCUCUUUUCGUCAUCUCCACAUCAAAGAUGGUCUUUAUGUUGGAGGCACAGGAGGUUUGGACAAAAUCUACCUCCCAAGAGACUUAGUCGGCUUCCGCGGGUGCAUGGAAGAGCUGCUGUUCAAUCAACAUGACCUGCUGUCAUCACUGAGGCCCUAUACUGGAUACAAAAAUAUUUAUGAAGUUUCUUUAGGCUGCAGUCCCCAGUUCUUUGCCACUGAGGAAGAUCCCAUUAGUUUUUUUAGUUCAAGGGCCUAUAUUUCCUUUCCAACUUGGAAUCAUCAUCAUCAUCAACAGGCUACAUUUGAAUGUGUUGUGCACACCUCAGCCAAAGAGGGUGUAAUCCUCUACAGUUCAGCCAGGGAUGGAGGCUUUGUGGCUGUGGAGAUUCAGGAAGGUUUUCCAGUAGCUGUUGUGGGUAAAGGUGGAGUGAAAACCGAGCUACGUUCUCAAACUGUCAUCAAUGACAGAAAAUGGCAUUCUCUCAAGUUGCAGUUCAGUUCUAAAAACCUUGAGUUAACAGUGGACAAGGAAAUGGUGAAAAGCAGCAUUAGCUCUCACUCCAAAAGGCUACAUCUUAAAGGGUUUCUUUUUGUUGGAGGGAUUGAUGAUGGUACAAGGUCAGAGGUGAGAAAAAUAGGUCUUGUCUCUUUAUCCGGAAAGCGUGUCAGAGGGGGUUCCUUUAAAGGAUGUUUGAGGAACAUUGAAAUAAACAGAGUGAAGGUGGGUCUCUCUAGUGCUGUAGUUACCAAAGAUAUCUCAGUAGGUUGUGAACCAGAGAAACCACCUGAGGAAUCGACCCUUGUGAGUCCUACAAGUUCAACAAAGUCAAGCGCAGUCAUCUACACUCUAACACCAACACCGUCUCUUCAAAUGUCAAGUCUUGCAGUUGGCUUGGACAAAAAGUAUGGCUCAGAGUUUGUGCAUCUUAAAAAUCUUGUUGUACAGGAAGGUGGACGAGCCUCUCUGGAGGCCAAACACAUAAAGAUAUUCCUGGACUUCAAAGCACUUGGCAUCCGACAGUCUCAGAUUAUGUUUAGAAUUGAAGACCAGCCAUUAAGAGGUCAGAUAAGACUUGAUGUUGAUGAGGACCAGGAAGAGAACACCUUCAGCAUGUUGGAUCUUUGGCACGAGAGAGUGAUGUAUGUCCAUGGAGGCUCUGAGGAGCCAGAUGACUUCUUCAUGUUCUCAGUGUUUUGUAGCAGUAGAAAACCAGUUCCUGAUUAUCUGAAGCAUGGUAAAUUAUACCGGUAUAACAUAACUGUCACCCCAACUAAUGAUGCACCUGAAUUAAGCCUCCCAGAAGGUAAUCUCUUUGUCUUAUUGGAAAAGUCUAAGAAGCGUCUCACCACUGAGGUUUUGAAAGCAACUGACAUAGACAGCAACUACACUAACCUUGUAUUCUCUGUCCUGGGAAACCUGAACGCUGAUGCAGGCUACUUGGAAAUUGAGAGCCACCCAGGAAAGGCAGUGACUUCAUUCUCAUAUGUUGAUCUAGAUGAAAUGAAGGUGUUCUAUGUCCACACUGGCGUGAGAAACUCAAGGAUAGUUCUAAGAGUUAGUGAUGGAGACAAGGUCAGCAACACUGUGGUUUUAAGGAUCAUGGCUCUAGAGCUGAAGUAUAAGAUAGCCAACAACACAGGUAUAGAGAUUACUCAAGGAGAAACUGCUAUUAUUAGUUCAAAGCAGUUAGCCAUUCAAACUAAUGCAGUUAAACAAACUAUAGACAUUCGCUAUGAUGUAAUUGAACCACCACAAUUUGGCGAACUACAGAGACUUCACUCAAGUGGUGAAUGGAGGCAUACAGAGUUUUUCUCUCAAAGACUUCUUGACAAAGAGCGGCUUAGGUACAUUAGCACCUUUCAUGACAUCCAGACCUCUAAUGUCUCUGAUUCUUUUAAGUGUAAAGUCAAUGUGGCUGCGAGAGCAAACACUGAAAUACUUUUCUCUAUUGCUGUUAAGUGGGUUAAGUACCAUUUGGCAAGGAAUGUCAUGAUAAAUUUGGAUAAAGUUAGAAAAGUGACACUUAGCUCUGAGUACCUUCUUGCAAGAGCUGAAGGUGUGGCCCUGUCGGACGACGACCUUUAUUUUCGAGUUCUGACUACACCAAAGAAGGGAAAACUCCUACUUGACACCACAGUCUUGAUGAAGAACUCAACGUUUAGCCAAAGUAAUCUAACGGAUGAAAAGGUCCAUUAUGAGCUAGUUGAUAGACCUUAUGAGGACACAACUGAUAGGUUUAAAUUUCAGAUGGUCUCUAAACAUGCACAGUCAGAAAAUUAUGAUUUUCAGUUUUCAAUCAAAGCAGAUAUCAACACUGUUUUUAUGAGAAAUAGAGGCCUCUCCCUUCAGGAGGGAGAAAGUAAACUUAUCACCAAAGAUGAGCUCUUUGCAGAGACUCUAAGCACAAGGGACAUGUACUACACAGUCAUAAGCAGUCCCAAACAUGGGAGGCUGGCCCGAAUUAGUCGGUCAGAUUCCAAUGCCAGCUAUGAUAACAUCCUGACUUUCAGUAAUCAGGAUAUAAUGCUGGAGCGCUUAAUGUACAUCCACGAUGACAGUGAAACCACCAAAGAUAAUUUUACUUUUAUAGCUUCUACCAGCAAAGGGUUCAAGUCUUCAAUUCUGGAAGAUGAAGUUGGCUCAAAAGAAGGAACCUUCAACAUCUCAGUUCAUCUCGUUAACGACGAAAAACCAGUUCGAACCAUUGAUAAAGUUUUCCAUGUGGUAAGAAAUGGACAGAAGCUACUCACUACAGAGGAUCUGUUUUAUCACGAUGCUGACUCAGACUUUGAUGACGACCAUCUGAUCUACACCCGACGAGGAAUCCCAGUGGGAGACCUCGUUAUGGUCAACGACACCACUCAGCGGCUGUUUCAGUUUCCACAGAAGGACUUGGUGGAAAAGCGGGUGUUGUUCAUUCACAAGGGUGCCAGCAAUGGCAGAUUUGUCCUCUUUGUUUCUGAUGGAAAAAACUUUGUAUCUGGCCUUUUAGACAUUAGUGCCAGUGACCCUUUCCUGAAGGCUGGCAACAACACUGGCCUGUUGGUACAGAAAGGAAUGUCUGUAACGUUUACCAACAGCAAUUUCAGCAUCGUGUCAAAUAUGGAUAUCCGAGAUGACCAGGAGGUUGUUAUGAAUAUGAUUGAGCCUCCCAGUUAUGGCGGUCUUUACUGUAACAACACAAAGGUUGAGAAAUUCACACAGUCUGAGCUGAAGGAGGGGCUGAUUUCCUACAGGCACGAUGACAGCAAACAUCUGGCCGACCAUUUCAACAUAACUGUAAAAGCAAAAGGUCUGCAAACUACAGAGAGGGUUAAUGUGAAGGUGUUUCUUGAAAGUCAUCAGAGGCCACCUAUCAUUCAGCAUCACGAGACUUUAGUGGUGGAAGAGGGGAAACCAGUGAAGAUUGACGAAACUAAACUGGAGGUCACCCAUGAGGACAACCUGCCAUCUGAGAUCGUGUUCACAGUCAAGGUUGCUCCAUCUCAUGGCUUUCUCCGGUGCUUUGUCAAGGCCGAGGAGCGCUAUGUCGGAAGCAAACAAUCCCCUGUCAAGAUAUUUAACCAAGAGGACAUUAACAAGGGGAACAUCCAGUACGUUCAGGUGGAGCCCAACAGUGUAAAUGACACCUUCGUCCUGGACGCCACCAAUGGGGUCACUGAUGUUAGCAACAUUAGAAUAACUGUUGACAUCAUCCCACUCCUUAUACCCCUGCAUGUCACUAAUUUCACCAUAAAUGAGGGGGCCUCAAAAGCACUAACAGAGGAUGUGCUGAAAGUAACCAAUAGGCAUUUUUCUGGACUGAACUUUUUUUAUAAUUUGACGAAGCCGCCUCACCACGGUCACAUUGAGCACUCUCGUCAUCCUGGUGUGCCUAUAUCAACUUUCACCAGGAGGCAGGUGGAGCAUGAAUUUAUUUACUACGUCCAUGACAGCAGUGAAACCUUGAUCGAUAAUUUUACAUUGGAAGCCAGUGACACAGGCUUGAGGAAAAAGAGUGCAGCCAAGACGGUUUACGUCGAGCUUACAGCUGUUAAUGACGAGCGUCCUGUCAUUACAGCCAAUAGGGUCCUCAGGGUGUGGCUGUCAUCAGUUACAGAAAUCACCCCAGAGGAUCUUAGAGCAGAGGACCUUGAUUCUCCAGCAGAUGAGCUACACUUCAUGAUCACUCCACCCAGCAAUGGACACCUGGCCCUUAAAAGCAACCCAAUGAAGGCGGUUCUGAAUUUCACACAGGCCCACAUAGACCAGGGACAGCUGCUGUUUGUCCACAAAGGUGCCAUGUCUGGUGGUUUUAACUUCCAAGUCAACGAUGGUGUGAAUUUUACUCCGAGGCAAAUCUUCAGCAUCACUGCCAAAGCUUUAGUUGUGCGUUUGGAGAAAAACAUCCCACUCAAGGUGUUUCCUGGUUCUUCUAAACAGAUCACCAAUGAAAAUUUGCAGGCUGUGACCAACGACGUUGGCGGCUCCUCUAACCGCACCAUUACGUUCAAUGUGAUUCGCCAUCCUAAACUGGGACGCCUGGUUAAGAGGCAGUCUGAUAACUCCACUGUAGAUAUUUCAACUUUUACACAGGAUAUGGUGGACAGAAAGGAAGUCAUCUACAUUCAAAUGCCCAUUGAGGCAGUGGGCUGGGAAGCUAUGGAUUCAAUAACCUUUUCCAUUUCAUCACUGCCUGCUUUGAUAGACAGUCAGACUUUAAAAAUAGAUAUCUCCUAUGAAAACACAGAAGUUGAACAUAAUACAGUCCUCCUUAAAAACACAGGUGCUGAGGUGACAGAAGGGGAGAGUGUUGUCAUCGACGAGUUCAAGCUGGAUGCUUCCAACCUGAUGUCCAAGCUGCCCACUCCACAGCGCAGCUCCUAUGAGGUCUGGUUUCAGGUGAUGGAUCUGCCUCAGCACGGCGUCAUCGUGGUAGGGGAGAGGAAUCUCACCAAAGAGAAGCCCAACUUUUCGCAGUUCAUCGUCACCAAAUACGGUAUCAUCUACAGCCACGACAACUCUGAGACAACCAACGAUUCCUUUGUGUUCAGUGUUUGGCUGAACCCUAAAGGCAGAACGGCUCAACGGCCUCAGGAUGAGAAGGAUGUAGUUGUUGAGCGUUUUAACAUCACAGUCAGACCUGUGAAUGAUCAGCCCCCUGUGCUAAAAACUAAAACUCCAGGUCUGAAGGUGGUUCAGAGAGACAGCGUUGCCAUGGGGCCUGAGGAUCUUAGAGUUGAAGACUUGGACAAUCCUCCAGAGGAUAUUACCUUCUCUGUGAUUAGCAAACCAAGCAACGGUUAUCUUGCUCUGCUAGGAAGUUUGAAUGAGUCAGUGGAGACUUUCACCCAAGCUCAAAUUAACAACAGAAGCAUCUAUUUUAUCCACGAUGGAAGCUCUGCCUCAGGCGUGUUCUACUUCAGUGUCACAGACGGACAUCACAAACCUUUAUAUAAACUUUUCAAUAUAGAUGUGUCUGAGAUCACCAUCACUUUGGUCAAUUAUACUGGACUGUCCCUGCAGCAGGGGAAGACUGUGGCAGCUCUCACCCAGGACAACCUCGCUGCAGAAACGAAUGGCAAAAGUCUAACUAUUCACUACAUGAUUACCAAACCUCCCAGUUUUGGCAAAAUUCUGAAGGAAAACCAGGAAGUUACCAAUUUUACACAGAAGGAUCUGCAGACUGGAAGCUUGGCCUACCACAUGACCUCACUGUCCUCAGCAGGGGACGGCUUUGAGUUCACCAUCUUUACCUCAGAGGCAAAUAUUACCGGCCAACUCCUUAAUGUAACUGUCAAACCUCUAGUUCAGCUUGGGCAAAGUCUGAGGAUUCCUAAUGGGAUCCCUGUCAGGCUAAACUCAAGCAUUUUUAAUGCCUCUGAACUGGCUGCUAUAAGUGACAGUGACCCUGUGUUUGAAAUAAUGUCCCAACCUAAGCACGGACAGAUUGUUCACUCCAGUUCUAAAAGAUCCAGAAAAUUCGUCCCAACUGUGUCUUUCACAUUUCAGGACGUGAUGCAGGAGAAAGUUGCAAUUGAGCUGAAUGCCAACAUGACCGGAGUCGAGGAGCUAAAUGACUGUCUCGUGUUUGUGCUGAAAGCUGAUAAUGUCCAACCUGCUGAAGGGGAAUUCCACUUUAUAAUUGUCCCAUACGAUCCUGUGGUAAAUCCAACCACAAAAAGCCCAGUCCCAACCACAUCACCCAUUCUUCAAACACCUGUCAGGAUUUCCAGGAAUGGAACCAUUUCCCCUGUCCCGUCUACUGUCCUCCAUUCAACCCAGCAACCAAGCAAAAGCCAGCAGAAAUUAAAGGGACGUAACCGCUGGGGGAACUCGAACAGAACCAGCUUUUUUAGCACAACGCUCGCGAAGCCGCCUCAGACGGACGGCUUUCCGUUUGGGAACACACCGGUUCGUGUGGAGUCCUACCCUCAUAAAACCUCCAACCCACUCCUCAUCAUCCUCCCCCUUCUAGCCCUCCUGCUGCUCAUAAUCAUCUUUGUGGUUGUGGUUGUCUAUUUUCGACACCGUUGGCAAAGGAAGCACAACACCUCUUUACCUCAGGAGGAUCCUAUCUGCGUUCCUCCCAGUGAGUCCCACAGCGGCCUCACCCAGAGGAGCACCACUGUUCCCACUGUUACCGUCACUCCUUUACAUCCCACAUACUCUACCAGCCCUGUGCUUGGUAGGUUUUCAGCACUGAACCAGGCCUCACCUCAUGACACAGCUGAUUCAAAUGUUCUCGUCAGUUCUUGGAGUAACUGUUCUCUUGAACCAUCUUCCCAAAUUAUUCACACCACCACCCCGACUCUGCGGAAGAAUCAGUACUGGGUAUAAAUACUAUGAUGGCAAAGGUAAUGUGUACACAGGUUUGUGUGUUGAAUGCAUGGUACAACUCAUUGCUUAUUAUUGCAGUUACCUGCCAUAGGUUUCUGGAGCUGUUUUUCACCCAUUGCUACAGUUAAGAUUUCAGAGAAAAAUUCCCCAAAAAUAAAUUAGGUCAACAGCGAUCCAACUUUAAACAGUGGCCAAUAUGGUGUCAUUUCUGUAGUUUUAGUGUCACUUUGUUUCUGCUGUGCAAAUGCUACUGAAGUGAGAAAAUAACUUGAAAAGAAAGGAAAAUGCUUGGAUUUUAAUGGAGAAAAAAAAGUUUACUUUUAAACAGCUUGAUGCAAAAUCCUAAGCUAAAUUGUUACUGUUUGUUAAUGUUGCUCCUGUGAAGAAACAAUCCUUUUUGUGCUGCAUGCUUCACACUUAUUGGCCCCUCUGGUAAAGAUAUUUAAGUUGUAUUGUGUUUUUUAAUGGUGGGUGGGCAUGAGAAAAUUUGCCCUGGAGCUUCUUUUGAAGAGGCCUUUAGUGAGAUCAAUAGGAUUGAUUAGAUCCCUCAAGGACACAGGUGGAACUGUAAUUUAAAAUAUAUUAUUUUAAGGUUUGUAUUUGUACAAAAUAUUUUUGAAAUUAAGCAAAAAGGGGACGUUGUAGGUCCUGGUGAGCUCUAAUGCUUCCUCUGUUUUACAGAUGCAAAAAGAACAAAUGUGCACAAAUGCAAUGUGUAAUUUAUAUGAGCCUGCCUGCUGGGCCAUUCUAUGUUAAAGGACUAGCAGAUGUACCCAAUGGUCUCACUGCAGUUCUGACCAGCUGAGUUUAAAAAAUAACCACUUUUUAAAUCAGUAGAACAUGAAAAAUCAAGCUUGUACCAUCAGUCACCAACUGGGAAGAGGUGAGGGCAUUUUUGCAUACUGGAAAUUUCGACUUUAGUUUGUUGGAGUCCAACCCGCCUAAUGAACAGCUGAGAGCAAAAUUUGCAGUGGCAGCAUAUUUUUUUUUAAGUUUUUUUUUUUUUGGUAGAAAUGGUUCAUACUAGAACCUGGAGUUCUGAACCUAUCCUCCCUGUUACAGAUGGAUAUGUUUUAAGAGGUUAAAGGUUUGUGUGUCUGUAAGUAGGCAUCUUAAAUGUUAGAAAGAAAAACUCUGAAUCAGUUUAUAAAAGUAUCUAAAAAAAAAGUAGCUGGUCCCUACUCCACUUUGCUGCUCCUGUUCCCCAUCAUUUUCAUCAUCCCUCGUCAUCAGCAUCACACAUUUAGUGGCAACCAAUAUAGCCCUUAAAAAUAUUCCAUAUUUUUACUUUGUUGAUGUAAUUAGAAAAUUAUUAUUUAACACACAAUUUGCAGUUUUCUUGAUCACAAAUCCUAAUUACUUUUAGCCACUAUGAAAUAUUAAUACAGCAUAAAUCAGAUUAUGUUUGUAAAAAAGUGUGUUUUACAAGUGGGAUAUUUGCUUGAUUAAGUGAAUUAAAGGUUGAAUAAAGGAAUAGUUUUAUUUUAAAGCUAUUUACUGUUCUUCCCAGAGGUGCCAAUAAGGAAAACAAUGCUGUAAUUUGAAUGAAGCAGAUGUCAGUGUUUAGUUCAGUCACUCAAGGAAAACCUGUAAGUACCUCUUCCUGUUGGAAAGAAAUUACACAUUAAUAUAUGUCAAUAUCAGAGAGAAAGAUAAGGAUAACAGCUUGAUACUGUGAAUUAUUGAGGCUACACAAAGAUUGAUGGUCAAAGUAUUUCAAUCAAUUGUUCAGAUUUUAUAUUAGUUUUAUGGGUUACAUAAAUAUAACAGUUUAUUUUGUUACCUCAGGUAUUUUUUAGUUGCAGGUGUUACAUUUGCAGCAUGUGGUUAAUAUCAGUGAACAUUACAAAACAUUAACAGGAUAAAAAAAAAACAUUUUAGUCACGUAGAUAUGCCCUUUAUAUGGUUUUACUUUAUAUUACUUUAUGGUUAUGUUAUCAUGUAGGCAUUGAAUUAAUAUACAGUAUAGAUUGAACUACAUAGUACUAUUUGAAAUUGUUAAUAAAGUACAAACCACAACUUGUACAGUUGGGGUUUUAUGUAUCUGACAAUUAAAAGGUUUUAUUUUUAUCAACAAAGUGACUGAAAGUGUCAGAGAGAAACAACAAGCUUUUAAAGACUGUAAAAAGCUCUCGUUUUAUCUAACUUGACAAAAGUCAGCCUAGUGUCUGUCAUAUUAUAGACGCUCUGAUUAGAUGAACUGUUUGCUGUAAGUAAGUGUUUCUGUUGUGAUCUGCAGGAAAGGUAACAUUUAAUGGCUGCUGUUUGGUAGAAACACUGCAAAUCUUGUAGAUGUGAUAUGAUUUUGUACUGAAAAGAAUCAUUUAUGUAUCCCAGUUGAAACUAAGUGUUCAAAUUUACUAUGUAAGAGAAGUGUUGUAUUUAUUUAUACUAUAUUUUUAAUAAAUAAAAUUAUUCACUUAAGCACAGCUUUUCCCCAGACUUUACUCUAUUUCUUUUUACCUUAUUCUUAGUAUUUUUUAACCUUUUAUUUCCUCAUAGACAUUCCCUGGCUUUCACUAUAAUUUAAGCUGUCCUGCUGCCAUCCUCUUAAUGACCUAGGGUGCACUGCAACAAAAGACACGUUACAACCGAAGACCAAUUAAAGAAAGAUUAGGAUGAUUAAUGCUCCUAGUUUCCUGCAAUUAGCUCAGCUUUCAUUUUCUUGCAACCUUAAGUGACUAAAAAUCAGCAGAUUUUUGCUGCGAUUCCUACCAAGACGCAUUUUCACCCCAACAGACAGAAGGUCAGGACCGAACAAAAGUUUGCCUAAAUGAAACCUGAUACAAAACCUACCUGUUCACUGAUUUGCCUGAAAAAAUAGGAGACCUGAAACAUGGAGACCUAGGC